AGGGGGUGUCUUUCUCUUGUGUAAGUUGAAAGGGGCGUGCCAUAUUUUGUAUAAGCACGCGGACAGAGAGCCCGGAGUUCAGCUGAGUUGAGUUCGGGGUGCGAGAGCCGAGUUUUGUGUUUUCCCGGAUUGAUAUUUUUGUACGAAGAGCAAGAUGCGCCUCACACAAGUACUUGGAAAACAGCACAUAAAGAGGUGGUUUGUUCGGAAAUGGUACGUCGAGGGCAAAAACAAAAGGGUUCCUAUCGACUCCAAUGCUGAAUCUACCCUUACUUCUCUUGGGAUAAAGCUGACUGACCCCAAAUAUGUUUUUGAAGAAAGAUUUGGGCCACGAGUUCCUCCUGAAAGCCUCAAUAUAGUCGGGCUAUAUGAGAAGCAAAUUCCUAUGGAUGAAAACCAUCCUAUGCAUCAUGAUAGACCGUGCUUUAUGUACAAAGAAAAUAGCAUCUUGGUUGAAGGUCUGGCGCAAGCUCAGAAUCUCACCAACACAGUUAUCCUCCAUAGCGGCCUCCCUGAAAAGAUUGAAGAGUUAGCUAAGGAAAACGACGGCUUAUUACACGAAGAGUGCGACGAGCAGGUUAAAAAAUGCAUCAUUAGAAGUUUCCUCUUUGAUGCCGUACAGGAAAAACUUCCCAAGAUUAAGGACCCUGAGAGACCAGCAUACAAAUUUCCGCCAGUUUUCGGGGUUCCUGAUUAUAGGAGGAACCGAGUGAUGAGCGAAAAUCUGCUCUCAAUUUGCGAUUCGUUCUCCAUGGAGCCUCACGGAAUUGUGGUCAGAGACGCAAAAUUGAGAACCCUUCUGGACAUCAAUCGCAAUCUAAUCAAUUUCAACAUUUCUCCUGCAAUGCUCGUCUGUGGCAAAAACCCCAUGAAAGCUUACACGGAACCAGCGCGCACUGAAAACUUGGAUUUGCCCGACAUCUUCCCGUUGCAGCCCUUUGCAUCCCUGUCUCAAAACAAAUUUUACGAAGACACAGAAUUAAUAAAUAUUCCAACGUCAAAUUUUGUUCAUACGGCGGUUUUCCACUUCAACGACACAACAAAUACUAACCUCACAGAGGUCCCAGUCAAUGAAAAUCAAAUUCAAGGCAGGACUCUUGCGAAUUCAUUCAUCACUGCUUUGGCCUUGGCAAAACACAAGCAGGAGAACGCCACUGGUGAGCUGGCGACGCCGGUCACAAUCCAAGGCGUACACACAAAUGGAAAGUGGUUCCAGUUUUCCAUCUACCAGCUGAACAACGUAGGCACUGAAGGGGCAAAAAAUGUUGCCUGGCUCUCUCCAAUCAUGAGUAUGUUCGAAACUGCGGGGUAUGAAAAGGGUGUACCCUCUAUGUUGGGCUACAAUCCCCUAGUCUUCAGGUAUUUGUUUGCUUUCCACAGAAACAGUUUGUUGAUCAAAUAGAGCAUUAAACUUGCUUGUUUAUAGUAAUGAAAGGAAA